UUUAAAGGUUAACAAAGCAUUUUAUCUCAUUCAUGUAACAUUUCUGAGGCUCAGACAUGGGACUCUCUUUCUCUCCUGUACAGCAUCAGAGAGCUCCUACUUGAAGGUUUUCAACCUCAAAUUCACCAUCCUCAACCUGUUCUACACAACAGACAUGGGUCAAAGGGGCUCCAGCAAAUUCAACUCCAUUGAGGAUGUCCUGCAACCUCUGAUCAACAACUUGUUUAGAAAAAGCAGCUUUGGCCCUCACUAUUUUCGAUGCAGGCUGACUUUGUUAAGGUCUAUGAAGAAUAGGAUAGCAACAGGAGUGGAUGUCGAAUGUGCUUAUCAGGAAGAUUCCUCCACCCCUGUCCUGGACCGAGAGAAGAUUUACUGGGAGCUGAGUGAACAGACCCAUGGAAAAACAAGGCUGGGACCCUACAUUCUACAUAAGGAAAGCCUUUAUGUGGAUGGGUAUACCCAUCAGAUACCAACCACCACCACAAACAGUAAGUUUUUAAUUUCUUAAUUGCUUUAUUUUAUGGGCGAUUGCAAUGAAAAUUU